AGGACCCGCCUACAGAGCUUAAAGCUCUCCCUCACAGAACAUCAGAAGCAGAUGCCUCGUCAUCCCAGACGACGGGUCACCAGACGAAAAUGGGUCUCUUGAUGCUGACCCUCGGUGCUGCUGCUGGAGCAGCCACAACAGUUGUUGCUGCCCCUGUAGUUCUAGCGGCAGUUGGUUUCACUGCUGGAGGAAUUGCUGCAGGUUCUAUUGCCUCCUCCAUGAUGUCAGCUGCAGCUGUGGCUAACGGAGGAGGGGUCAUAGCUGGAUCUGUGGUAGCAUUACUCCAAUCCGCAGGUGCUGCUGGUAUCCCUCUCGCCGCUCAGGCUGUUAUCGGUGCUGUCGGUAGUGGUGCGGGGGGCGCUGUGGCAGCUGCUAUCCUGAUUUGAUGUGCAUUCAGGAGCCGUGUUGGCGUUCUAAAUAAUCUAGCCUAAUCUUAAUUUAGAUGACCUAUUAGAUCAGUUAGUAGUUUAUUAUUUGUAAUAGAUCAGUUUGACUUACUAGUAAUUUAAUGCAAAACAUUAAAAAAAGAUGUUGAUUGUAACUGCAAUGUUGUAAUUUGAUCAGUUCAAAUUAUUAAAAUAAAAUACUUUCUAUCAUACA